AUGUUCAGAAAUGAGCUUUAUCUAAAGAAACAGGUAAACGCAGGCAAGGAAGUUGGAGAAUUGUACCGCCCACGCCUUCCAUUGAAAAGGAAAAGGAGCCCUCAGCCAGAUUCAGUAAAUUGCAAUAUGAUAAAUGUCAACGAGACUGAGAGUUCUGGGACCAGACAGCGUCUUGUAAGGGACAGUCCAUCAGAUAACAGUGUGACAGAAACCAUCCCUUCUCCCGAAGGGCGAGUAUUUUCAGAGAUGCCUGCCAGUAGCAUGGCAGAUCUAUCCGUGGACGAGGCUAAAAAACGUAUAGCUAGAUUCUUUUAUGAGACGGCAACUGAUUUUAAUGCCGUCAAAUCACCCAGUUUCCUCAAAAUGAUGGCUGACAUCCAUGGUCCUGGGCAGGUAAUUCCCGGUUGCGAGGAGUUAAAAGCGUGGAUCCUGGAGGAUGCUGUAAAAGAAAUGCAAAAUUAUGUAGAGGAUAUCAAAAUGAGUACUACUACCUGCUUAGAACUCAUGUUAGAAAAAUUUGAAAGUACGAGUCUAUUUAAAGAGAUACUGAAUAAAGGGAGAACAAUAACAAGAUUUGUUCAAAACCAUCCAAUUGCUUUGAAACUUCUUAGAGCCUAUACUAGGGUAGAGAACCUGAUAAAGCCUUCCAAUAUUAGGUCUACAGUGCCCUACUUGACCCUCGAGAAUAUGUUUUUGGAGAAGAAGGGUUUGAAAAACAUGUUUGCUUCAUCUGAGUGGAAAACCUCAUAUCUGUCAGAUUCCUUCGAGGGAAAAAGAGUCGCUUCCUUGGUGGAAGAUCGUACUUUCUGGAAUGGGGCUUUAGUGGUUUUGAAGGCAGCCAUUCCUAUAGUGCGGGUGUUAUGCUUGAUAAACAAGAACAAUAAGCCUGAAAUUGGUCUUAUAUACGAAACAUUAGAUCAAGUCAAGGAAACAAUCGGUGAGGAGUUCAGGAAUAAUGAACGGCAGUAUAUGCCGUUUUGGAAACAAAUAGAUGAUGUUUGGGACACUGAUCUCCACAGUCCACUUCAUUGCGCUGCUUAUCUCUUGAAUCCAACUUUAUUUUAUACGAAUGGUUUCGACUCCGAUUUAGAAGUUAGCACUGGACUUUUUUAUUCUGUUAUCAAGAUGGAAGGAGAUGGCGUCCUUCAAGAAUUGAUCAUGGUACAGUCCGAAGAGUAUUUACAGGCAAAGGGUGAUUUCGGCAAAGGAAGUGAUCCCGAUAUCCUAUCAGAUGUUUCACCAGCACUCUGGUGGAUAAAAUAUGGAGAAAAAUAUCCUGAACUGCAACGACUAGCAAUUCAAAUUCUUAGCCAGAGUUGUGAUGGUGCUUCAAAAUUUCAUCUAAAAAGGAGUUUGGCCGAGAAGCUACUCACAAAGGGAGGGAAUCCUUCAGAGCAGCAGACGUUAAGGGAUCUCAUAUUCGUCAAUUUUAAUUUGCAGCUAAAGAAUUUUCAGACGAGCGAUAGCGAAUAUGUCUUUGCCAAUGAGAUCGACCCCACAAAUGAUUGGAUGCUCCAUGACGCAUAG